ACUUGGCAAUGAAUGGAGGGAGGCCGUCUGGAGCAUUGUAUUCCCACAGGACUGUGUAUAUAUGUCAUGAGAGGGGGAGAGCAAUCUCACUGGAAGCUACUCUCUACAUUGGAAUGAAUGCUUGGCAAGCUAAGUCACCAGUUUAAUCUUUUGUGCAUGUUUCACGUGUGUAUACAAUCAUGUACACAUCAAGGUAUGUGCAAUGGCUGCAGUGGAGAGAGCGUCUGCAUUACUGAACAUGGAUAACUG